AUGAGUGAACCGCGCGAGGACCAGACAACAAACAACAAUACACCGAAUCCUUUUGCUGAGAUUGUGGAGAUGGCAAAUGCAACAGAGAUGUCCACAAAGGAAGCCUAUUUUGCCAGUCUGCGGGAGUGGGCCAAGCAAGCAUAUAUUGCCCAAACCGCAAUGCCCAUCUGGUGUUGUCCUGCUUGCAACUGGCCGUCGACUGUGCAUGCAGGGACUGUGGAUGCAGGGACUGUGGAUGCCGGGACUUCAACUCCACAAUCAGAUUCGCAUCCAGAUGGAUCAUUCCCAAUUGCAAUGCUGUUAAAUGCCGAUCAGUUGGUGCAGUCUCCGGGUGGCUAUCACUAUUCAGUGGCUCCAAUGGCAAAACGUUUCUUGGCCGAAUUUAUAGAUAUAAUGAUCACACUUUUCAUCAAAGUCUUCGUGAUGAUAAUGUUGCUGAAUUUCGUUGAAAUGGAAUUCGGCAGGGAGGAGAUGCAAAUGGCUCUGGAAGAGGAAUUUGCCUUUGGCUUUACAAGAACUUCCUCAGAUCUAUGGAUCAUUAAUUUGAUAGUCGCAAUACUAGCAUGGGUAUUUGAGGCUGUCUGCGGUUCAGCCACACCGGGCAAUCGUAUUAUGCAGCUCCGUAUCCUUAAAGUGAAGACUGUAAUGUAUCUUCGAGAUGGCUACGAGCCGGACUACCAGGAUUUUGUCAACUUUCAAAACGAUGAACCAUUGCAUGUGCUGAUAUAUCCGAUCGAGACGCCUAGUGUACUGCGUAUGUUUUUGCGUGCUGUGUUAAAGCACAUAAUAGUUCGGGCAUUUUUUGACAGAGUGCUAUUGGUCAUCUUGUUACCCUUGUCGGUUGUGGUAAUGUUCUAUAAUUACAAUCGCUCCAUUCACGAUGUUCUGACGUCAACAAUUGUGGUGGAGAAGAAGCCGAACCAUCCCUAUCGUUUUCAGGUCCCAAUGCGGCAGCGCCAGUAG